AUGUCCGCCGAUCCAAAAGACAUCAUUAACGGCCUCCAAAAAUGGGGUGCCUGCGACGUAGCCGAUGGCCUGUCCAAGCUCAAAUACCCAAAUGGCGGCUUCCUCGAGGGCCUAACGAUAUACUCCCCGGAAUUCCAAUCCGGCGAGACUAAGCUUAUUGGCCAAGCGUACACAGUAAAAUUCGCCCCGAAAACGGACGAGGCAGCACCGAAGCUUCAAGGGAACUAUAUGGAUAAAAUCCCCUCCGGAGCAGUGGCAUUCAUCUCACAACCCCUCCCACACGUCAACGCGGUCUACGGCGGCCUGAUGACUCUCCGCGCAAAAACCCUUAACGUCGCCGGUGUGGUUAUUGACGGCCGCGUGCGAGAUCUGAAUGAACACCGCGCGCUGGGAUUCCCUCUUUUCGCUAGGGCUGUUGGUACCACUGCUGGAGGGGAAGUGUGUCGUCCGUCUGAGAUAAACGUACCUGUGCAGUUGAAUUCAGUUAUCCAGGAGGCCUGGAUCCAGCCUGGGGACUAUAUCAUUGCGGAUUUGAAUGGGGUGGUACGCUUGCCGGUAGAAUUAGCGGAGAAGGUGCUGGAUGCUAUUCCGGGGAUUGUGAAGGCGGAUGAGAAAUGUGCUGAAGGGAUUAAGGCUGGAAGAUCUGUGGAGGAGGUGUUUAAGGAGUUCCGGGGGUAG